AAGCUGUUUUUCUCCAGAACGAAAAGGAAGGGGUGGGGGGGCAUUAAAAAAAAAAAACAAACCCAGAAACAAAAUUAAAAAACCCAAAAAAAAACCCCCAAACCCACCGAAGAAACAACCCAACCUGUCCAGCGUUUGCUUUCUCGAAGAAGCUCAUAUUAGUUUUGAGGGCAUCGCUCGUUUCCCAAGCGCGUGGGCAGUGCUUCAGCUCCGGUGAACGAUGUCUACAAACGUGGAGGCCCAGUGUGCAGGUGUCUCGGAGGACAAUACCCAUUUGUCAACAACCAGUCAAGGAUAUGUUUUACCAGAAGGAAAAAUCAUGCCAAACACAGUCUUUGUCGGUGGAAUCGAUAUAAGGAUGAAUGAAGCAGAAAUCAGAAGUUUCUUUGAACGAUAUGGUACUGUGAAAGAGGUGAAAGUAAUCACUGACAGAACUGGUGUUUCCAAAGGGUAUGGAUUUGUAUCUUUUGUGGAAAAUGUGGAUGUUCAAAAAAUAGUAGAAUCUCACAUCAACUUCCAUGGCAAAAAGCUGAAACUGGGGCCAGCGAUUAGAAAGCAACAGAACUUUUGUAAGUGUUCUUAUGUGCAUCCCAAACCACUUGUCUUCAAUCCUCCUGCACCACAGUACCACACUGUAUGGAGUAACCAAAAUAUGGAGACCUAUGUGCAGCCUCCAGCUGUCAUGAGCCCAGUAACACAGUAUGUUCAGACAUACCCAUACAGUUCACCAGCUUUAUUGAUACAGCAGCAAGUUCCUGUGGGAUACCAGCCACCCUACAGCUAUCAGGUUCAACCCCAAUGGCUUACUGGGGAGCAAAGAAACUAUUUUAUGCCUCCGGUUUAUGCUUCAGUAAGCUAUCAUUGUGCUGAGGAUCCAGAAUUCAUACAGACAGAAUGUGCUGUUCCAGAGCCCAUGCAGUCAUCUAGUACCAGUCCACAAAAGAAGUCUGUGGACAGGAGUAUACAAACAGCAGUAUCCUGUUUGCUUAAUCCUGAGAACCGCAUGAGGAACACCUUUGUAUCACAAGAAGACUACUUUAAGGAGAGGAAGGUGCAUCACUUGAGAAAAGGAAGAGCAGUACUCAAAAGUGUUUGAUCAACACAGACUUGAAAGUAUUAAAAUUCAUUAAUUUGAUGUUACUACAGUUCAGUUUAGCAAUGUAUGCAGUAUAACCACCUUCAGAAAGCUGCUUCAAGUUGAAGUUUGUGUUCCUGUUCUACCUGUUUGAGCGCAGUUAAAUUCGUUUUGAGUAGUUGAAGCUUAAAAGUUGUAAGAGUUGACGAAGUUCCAGGUUUUGUUUGCAUGCUUUCUGUGUUAACUAACUGGAAUGGUAAAAAUGUUAAUGUGGGAAAAGCAUUCUUGGUUUGUUUGGUGCAUGCUGAUUUUCUUCUGUGGUUUAAAGUACAGUUUGCAUGUUACACUUAGUUUUUCCUGAAGUACAGUUUAUGUGACUAAUACUGACUCUUGCAGUUUUAAGAAUGGAAAUGGUUAUUUGCCCAAGAAGGUUGCAUUUUAAAAUUGAGUUAUUAAAUCAGUGGAACAGAAGAUGUCGCAUUGUAACUUAACUGAAGCCCUUUCAAGUUCUGGUUGUCUAAAGACUACCUAAUCAAAGUGGUUAUUUUCAUUCAUGGCAAUUUAUGUACCUGCAGUCCUCAGUGUUACUUAACUUUUGGGAAAGAGAUGAAGAAUCCUAAAAGUCUUGGGAUGCAAUAAUUAGCUGCAUUGGCUACUCAGUAUACUUUUUUACUUGAGAAAUUUUAACAAGCACCUGUGUUAAAAUUGUGAUAACACUGCAUUUAAAGUAACCUUUGCUAGGUGAUGCAAACUGUUAAUCAAAGAACGUCUAUAAGUCUAUUUUAAUAAUUAUGUAGAUUUUAGUGAUGUGUAUUGAAACCAUUAAAAUUUUAUUUUGA